AUGCCGUGCUCGCCGUACACCUACCAAACAGGUCAGCUUUGCGAGGGCCCAUCUUUGCAGCUCGAGGUGGCUACUGUCCUCAUCCUGGUAUCUAGCAUCCGCAUGGCCCUGGAUACUGGUUCUUCUCUCGGGCGGCACCAGAAAGUACACAACAAAAAGCGAACGUAUAGAUGCGCCCUCGAUGGCUGCUCUGAGAGGUUUCGGGGAAAGGCUACUAUGGUCAAGUAUCAACGGGGAUUGCACAGGCAAGGCAUGAACCGAGAUGAUGUCGACCACUGCCCCUCGGGUUCUGAUGAUGACGAGUCUCCUUCCCCUCUCCAGCACUCUUCCAUGGCCUGUUUGCCUCGCGACGUGGCUUCCAUGGGUCAAGCAGCAACUCCAAACGGCACGCUCCAUCGUGCACCCUCUGACGCCGACUCCGAGACGCAGGUUUGUGGGUACCGUAUGCCAUACCGUUAUGAGGACUGUCAUGAAAUUCCCACCGCUGUGCCUCAUGAGUAUCAUGGGCCUACAGUGCACGAACAACACAUCGACGCUCAACUUGGUCAUCCAUCCGGAGCCAUGCCACACCAGGCGUACUACGUAACCGAGCAAGGGAUCCCUGGCGUUUCCACGAUGGCAAGCUCAUUGCCUACUCAUUACCACUUAUCGCAACAAGUGGAGCCACUUGCCUUGGAGACGCCGAAGUCGGCUCCAGGAAUUUCGGCGUCGAUCCAGAGCAGCCCCAGCACCUUUUAUCCAACCUCUGUUCCUGGCCCUAUCGUCGAGGACGGCUUCUAUACGUACCAAACUGCAUACGCAACAGCGGAGUAUCAAGCGGCUACGAUUCAAUACCAUCAGCAUGCCCAGCAACACACGGUACAGCCUCAGCAGCCGGCGGUGUCGGAACCACAGCAUACACCUGAUACGACUGAACAAUACUAUCCACCAUCAGUACACCCGCAACAAGAGCAAUGGACUCACUACGACCCUUCAAUCGAAGUUACAACCAUCGGACAGCAACCCGCGCACGGGAGUGUAGCAUAUCACAACUGGACCACGCUCCCCAAACAUAAUCCUUGUUGGUAUUUUUGA